UCGACUUUUCAUUUCAUUAAAGGGCUAUAAAUAUUGGUGCAGUGCAAUUAAUAAAUAAUAAAUAUUGAACUAUAAAUUUUGUCUACGGAAGUUGAUAUAAUAGAUCACCAACUUCUUACCUAAACUCAACCGAGAUAAUUAAUUCAAUAUGAAGUAUAGUUGAGAUUGCAUUAUGAGAGGACCAACUUUUUCUGAAAUUCUUUAAUACCCAACUCAUAAUUUUUCUUUAUAUUUUCAACUUUCAUGAAGAAAAAAUAAAUUAAAAAAGAACUGUUGUUAAUCUGUGAUAAUUCUCUCAAGGUAAAAGAAAAAAAAAAUGGAGGAUCAAGUAAAGAAUGUGGUUAUGGUGGGAGUUAUUUCAUGGUCAAUAUCAUUUAUGUUAAUAAGAAAUAUUUUACCAAACCGUUCUUUUGGAUUCUGCAAUCGACUUGUUUCUUCAAUGCAUGCAAUUCUAGCUGUGAUUUUAGCUUCACUGUCUGUUGAAGAUUGGAACUGCCCUGUUUGUCCUGUGGCUUCAAAUUCUUCUUCUAAACAGGUGACAACAUUAGCUGUGACCCUCUCUUAUCUCAUAUACGAUCUGAUUUGUUGUCAAUUUGAUAAACAAUUUAGUCUUGAUAAUACCAUUCACCAUUUGGUUAGCAUUGUUGGAAUCGGCGCAGGUCUUGCCUAUGGAAAGAGUGGUUCAGAAUUGGUGGCAGCACUGUGGGUAUCUGAACUCUCUACUCCUUUUCUACACUUAAGAGAACUCGUUAAAGAAUUAGGUUACAAAGAUACUGACUUAAACUUGGCUGCUGAUAUUUCUUUUGCAGUAGUAUUUUCAGUUGCAAGGAUGGUACUAGGAUCUUAUGUAACUUGCGUAACUGUUGUGGCAAACAAUCCUCUUGUCAUACAGGCCAUGGCAGUGGGAUUGCUGCUCCUCAGCGCAUUCUGGUUCUUCAAGAUUGUAAGAAUGGUCAAAUAUAAACUGAAAAGAAGGUCGUCCACAAACACAAAACAUGCCUGAAAGUACAAGCAUAUAUAAUCAGUAGAAGAGUAGCUUGAGCAACAAAUAAAUUUUAUCUGGAAUCAACUUUUAUUAAUAUUACUAUGUUGAACUGAAUUCUGCUGUUGUUAGUUUGACUACUUCAUGAAGCCAUAUUCUGGGUAGCAUUCAAAAAUUAAAAUUUAACUUUGUGUGUUCCUUGCUAAAAAAAGGUUGACCAUCGAGUAUAUGAUUUAGUUACUACAGUAUUAUUGCAUACAGAAUCACAAUGUGGUAAUACAACCAACAUCUCCAAAAUCCAGUGAUCCAUUUCUUCAAAGAACUUAGUAACACUCCUGUAAACAUAGACUAAAAUGCUCUUGCCUAAAACAUCCAUGACCGAGAACAGGACAUUACUCUUUUCCGAAAUCUGCAUUGUAAUGUGAACUUGAUUCGAGUUUCUUCGCUUCAUUUAGCUUCCGUACAGCCUGGUAAUUUGCAGUGUAUAUAAUGAAUUUAUGAAUAAGUCUUCAAAAUUA